AUGGCGGAGGUACUGCCAGCUGAACUCUUCGAUGGUCUUGACGAUAUGGACGAUAAUGAGGAAAACGUGGCCGAUUUAUCUUCUCAAGGAUGGAUGCACCUUCAUAUUGAAAAUGAAAUCAGUAUUGAUACUUUGAAGCUCGACAACAACCAGUUGUCUACGCUAGAGAGUUUACAUCCUAUCAUCAAUCUGAGAAAAUUAUCUGUAGCUUCAAAUCGAUUAGUUAAAUUAUCCGGGAUAGAAUUGCACGUUCAAUUACGCUAUCUAGAUUUACAUAACAACAGCAUCUUUCGAAUUAACGGUCUGGAAGGCUUAACUGAAUUGGAAUAUUUGAACCUAUCCAAUAAUAAUUUAACGAAUGUAAAUAAUCUGUUCCUGAAUAAGAAUCUACGUUAUAUCGAUUUAUCUCAAAAUGACAUUGAAGAACUGCCGAAUUUAUCGAAGUUAGAGUUUCUAAAGGUUCUUUUCUUGCAAGGAAAUAGAAUAUCCUCACUUUCUAACUACUCAAUCUAUAGAGCCUUUGCAAUUAGUUUUUUUGACAAUAUAGAAUAUCUGGAUGAUGAAGUAGUCACUGAGGAAGACAAGAUGUUAGCGCAAUUUAUGGAAGGAGAACGAAGAGAAAUUCUUUUAUGUCAAAAGUCCGAAUUGGUUCAGUACUUACGUUGGAUAUAUUCUAAAUAUGCCGCCAACAAAUCACAGAUUAAUGAAGACCAUGACAAAGAUAGUAGAAGUAGUAGUCCGUUAGUUCCAUCAGAUUCUACUACUACACCAAACUUUACGCCAAAUGAUACAAUAAGUAGUAUUAGUAGUAACCAGCAGUUGCAGGAGCUACAAGGAAGGCAUCAAAUAUUAAUUGAGCAACAAAGAAUACAACUAAAGAAAUUAUACGAGCAACAAUUAGCAGAUCAACAACAGUUAUGGCAACAUAUAAGGAGUAGUGUUUCCUCUCAAAAAUCACAACCGCAAUGGAAAAAUCAGCUUCAAUUUUUUCAUAAUCAACUCCUAAAGCAACAGCUGUCGCAUCAAAAAGAAUUACUGCAACGACAAGAGCAGCUUCAGCACCUGCAUCAAAGAUUAAUUGCUUAUUUGGGAUUACAGCUUGCUCAGUUUGAUACAACGGAUACAUCCGUUAAUCAAUCUAUUUUAUCCAGUACUGAUUCUAUACGUAUGCAUGAUGAGAUCAAUGUAGCAGAGAGCAGAGAAAACGAUGCUAGUUGUAAAAGACCAAAGAGUGUAAACGCUAAAACGAAACCAAUCUACCCUGGUAAUUCUUCCGUGAAUGUAAUUUGCUUGAUCAACUGUACUAAAGCUUUAGGAUCUUCUGGAGUUCAACAUGAGGAUGGACUCCUUUCAUCUACCUCCGUUUAUGUCCCUUUAUCUGAAGAUUAUGUUCUAAAUGUAGAAUCUGCUGAAGAUAAAAUGAAAGAAAGCCAAGAUCGUAAUACUGAUAAAGAAUCAAUCAAGCGAGAUGAAAACCAUGGUGCAAGAGUUGUAUCAAAAUCAGUAAAUCGAAGUACUGAAAUUCAUAAUGUUGAUCUGACCAGCAUAGAAACGGAUGUAAUAAACCAAGAUGUAAUUUCUUCAUCGUUGGAACCCUCACCAAGCAGUGCUGAAGAUACUAAUAUAUUGGGACUUACAAGUGUAGCUACAAAGCCCAAGACAGCAGUAUUUCAAUCGGAACUUGAAUUAGAAAACACAAUUGAUAAAUUACAACCUAAAACUGAAGCAUCGUCAUUUUCGUAUUCAAAAUUUGUUACGAGCAAGGAUCACGCGGCUACCGUGAUUCAAGCAAAAAUUAAAGGUUUUACUCAGCGAAAGCGAUACUUGAGCCUUUUACAUCAACAUAAAUCCGCUAUUAAAAUACAAAGUUAUUGGCGCGGUUAUCACACCAGGCAACAUAAUAGAUUUGUACAGCAUAAUCUAAAGGAACUGAGAAUGAGACGUUUAGAAGAUACCACGUUACGUUUGCAAAAAUCGAACAACAGCCUUAUAGUCCAACUUCGAAGUCAUGAAGUGCAGGAGAAAAGUUUAGAAGAAGAAGUUAAAGAACUGAAAGACCAGAUGAGAAAACUUCAAGUUGUAUUAGCAACUGAAGAUCGCAAAAAAAGAAAUCAAGCGGCGAUUUCAAUCCAGAAAUAUUGGCGAGGAUACCAAGCCCGGAAGGAGCUUCCCAACGACACUAUCAAGCAUAUAACUCGUAAUUCAUUAAUGAGACGUCGAAUUCAACGCCUAUGCGAACAGGUACAACAACUUAAUCAUGAUAUGCAAGUGGUGGUAAACCAAAUGAAUACGCAAGAUGUCGCAAACGAAGAAACCGAAAGCAUCGGCCACGAUGCUAAAAUCCUGACGUCCUACGAAAUACAUAACGCAAAAAAAGAUAUAAAAGCGAAAAUGCAGGUUAAGCCUUCAAAUAAUGAACAAAAUCGUGAAUCAACUUCUAUAACGAAUAUUACCAAAACAAAUGAAUACAGUGAAAUGCCGGACGAAGUAGAGCUAACUGAGGCACCCGAGGCCUAUCAAAUCCAUAGUAGUAACGAUUAUAUGGAUACUAUCGCAACAGAAGAAUCGUUAGAAAAUAGUGAUGAUAGCUUAUAUGAUAGUAAUGAGAAGACAGAUUUUCUAACUAUAAUUCCGGAUGAAAAUAAAGAAUCUGACGAAGAUUCUUUAGAUUUUAGUAUACCCGUAACGGCUGCGGAUUUGACAGAUAAGUCAGAAACUAAUUCUCUUAAAGAUGAUCUCCGAAUUGAAUUAGACAAUGACGAGAGUAAUCGUAAUAACAAAACUGAAGCAGCAACAGGAGUUCUACAGAAAGUGGAGGAUAAAAGUAACUGUGUAAAUUGCGAUGACGAUGAAAGAUUUUAUAGAGUCCCUGAUAACGUAUCUGAAUACAGUGAGGAAUUAGAGAUGUAUUUAAGCAGUGUAUAUAAAACAACAGCUGAAUACACCGAGUUGAUAUUAGAUAAAACUUUGUAUGACACAGCUGAGUUUGUGGAUAGCACAAAAAUUUGUGAUGCUACUAACUUUUCUUGUCAAUUGGCUGAUCAUGAAACUGCUAAAGCCUCAGACAAGAUUGGUAAUGUGAAUAAGAAAGAAGAAAAUCAAGCCAUAAAUCAAGAUUGUGAUAGUUCCAAUGUCCAGGAAAGUGUUAGGCAGAAUUCAGGAUUACCUCAACUUCAAUUUAAGGGCGAUAAUAGUUGUAGCAUAAGCAAUAGUAAUAGUUACGAGGAUGCACCCGGAGCUGAAUAG